AUGAAUAAAGUAAAAGAAGUAAGGGUGUCACAAUGGUACUUCGGCGGACUUGCAUCGGCUGGUGCAGCAUGCGUUACACAUCCACUAGAUUUACUAAAAGUACAGAUGCAAACUCAAAAAGGAAAAAACAUCUCCAUGUUUAAACUUACCGGAAUUGUUCUAACAAACCAAGGAAUAACGGGACUUUAUAAUGGUAUAUCAGCAUCACUUCUAAGACAACUUACUUAUUCUACAGCAAGAUUUGGUAUUUAUGAAAUGGCAAAACAACAACUUGGUCCAAAAGAUGGCAAGCCAAUAUCAUUUUUCAUGUCCGCAUUUCUAGCUGGCUUGGGUGGAUUUGCUGGUGGUUUUGUAGGAAAUCCUGCAGAUUUAGUCAAUGUUCGAAUGCAGAAUGAUGUGAAGCUUCCUCCUGAACAAAGAAGGAACUACAAGAAUGCUAUACAUGGUAUUUGGCGAGUGGCGACAGAGGAAGGAGUAAUGCGCUUAUGGGCCGGCGCAUCAAUGACCUGCAGCAGAGCUGUACUCAUGACCAUUGGUCAGCUCUCCUUCUAUGACAAAAUCAAAGAACUUCUUUUGGCAACCAAACGCUUAGAGGACAAUGUUUUUACACAUAUUACGUCCAGUUUAUUAGCUGGCGCGAUCGCAACUACGUUGACGCAACCGGUCGAUGUCCUGAAAACGAGAGCUAUGAAUGCAAAGCCAGGCGAGGUCAAGAACAUUCUGGUACUUGUCGGGGCAACUGCGAAGGAAGGUCUAUUUGCAUUUUUCAAAGGCUACAUUCCAGCGUUCGCGAGACUCGCGCCUCACACUGUUCUCACCUUCGUGUUCCUAGAACAACUUAGAAUUAAUUUUGGUACUAUUAAAUCCGGUUCAUAA